CUUGUCCAGCCUAAUGGAGUCCUACUAGACUUCACUACUCCCUUCUCUCUACUCGAUCCUCAUGGUAGCUUUUGGAGGUGACGAGCAGGGCAAACAUCCCAGAUAGACUCGCCAUGGAGGAGGGCAAUGGGAAUCAGUGCAUGAGGCUGCCAGGGGACACGUGGGCCUCCCUUGUUCAAUCCCUCCCUCGCAAUAAUUUCACUCUGUCUCUUGUGUUUUGUGUGUCUCUGUGUGGGUCAGAGAGACAGUGUGUGCGUUGUGUGUGCGCGCGCGCAGAGUUCUUGCCUUUUAUAGCAGGCCUGGAGAGAGUGCGAGAUAAAGGCGCUCGUUUGUGGGUGUUAGUGCUCGGCCAAUAAGCAAGCACAAGGGAGAGAGGCAUGCAGGGGAGCCUGGAGAGCUACAGCCUGUGCCAAGUCGCAAGCGCAAGAAGAGAAGCCAUGGAAGGAGAGAAAGCUGUGCGGCCUUCCAAAUUUAGAAGAAUUUGCGUCUUCUGCGGAAGCAGCCAGGGCAAGAAGAGAAGCUACCAGGAUGCCGCCGUGGAGCUCGGCCAGGAACUGGUGUCGAGGAACAUUGAUUUGGUUUAUGGCGGUGGAAGUGUAGGCUUGAUGGGCUUGGUUUCCCAAGCUGUUCAUGAUGGGGGAAGGCAUGUCAUGGGGGUCAUUCCCAAGACUCUCAUGCCUCGGGAGAUAACUGGCGAGACUGUAGGAGAAGUGAAGGCAGUGGCAGGCAUGCAUCAAAGGAAGGCAGAAAUGGCUAGACAUUCUGAUGCCUUUAUUGCAUUGCCAGGGGGGUAUGGCACACUGGAAGAGCUGCUUGAAGUUAUAGCAUGGGCUCAACUUGGAAUUCAUGACAAACCAGUUGGAUUGCUGAAUGUCGAUGGAUAUUACAACUCCUUGCUGUGUUUCAUAGACAAAGCGGUGGAAGAAGGUUUCAUCAGCCCAAACGCCCGCCAUAUCAUUGUCUCUGCUCCGACAGCAAAAGAAUUGAUGAAAAAACUGGAGGAGUACUUCCCUCGACACGAGAGAGUUGCUUCUAAGAUGAACUGGGAGAUGGAGCAGCUCGGCUACUCGGAGUUCGAGAUGUCGAGAUAGACCGGGAGGAGCAGCCAUGGUGGAUGAUCAGGUAGGGUAUCAGGCAAGGAAAUGCAGCAGCAACAUUUUGGAAACACAAGGAGAUGAGAGAUCAAACUGAUUGCUUUUGGGAUUCUUUCUUUUUGUAAAGUUUGUAUGACAAAAGGCCUGAGUAUAUAAAGCUUUACUUUCUUCUUCUUCCAUGGAUGUCUGAAGGAGAUGCUUAUGGAACUAACUUUUGAAGAACUGUAUUUCCCCGUGCCUAGAUUUUGGUGUGAA